ACGCCGACUCAGCCAGCGUAACGACAAUCGGCAAGUUGCCUAAAAACUUAAAUAACGGGGAACGGACAUUAAGUAUUUGAGUUUAAAAGUAUUAACAGCCUGCUGUUUAUCGACGUACUGCUACUGUAUUUGACAUUUUGACCCCGUCACGAUGACCUAAGGACCGGCGUUUUACGAAUGUAAAUCAUGAUAGGCGCGCGCGCCGCGCACAGUCGCUAGUCAGCAGUCGCUAACGAGUUUCCAUUCUCCUUGGACGUUGUAGCGUCUGUGUGCUGUAUAACCUCGAAACCGGACGAAAGCAACACAAUGGCGUCCACCACGUUUCGCUUGUUCACCCGCCGACAAUUCCAGUACUGCUCCGCUCCGAAUCACUCGUACACCGGAGGUCUUGCUUCAUUCCUUUUAUACUCAACGAAAUCAAAAGCUUCAUCUACCAAGAUGAGUCUCCCGAAAGUGUUCUUCGACAUGAGUGCCGAUGGUGAGCAAUUGGGCCGCAUCACUAUCGAGCUCCGCAGUGAUGUAGUACCAAAAACAGCCGAAAAUUUCCGUGCUUUGUGUACAGGCGAAAAAGGUUUUGGAUAUAAAGGAAGCAUUUUCCACCGUGUCAUUCCCAACUUCAUGUGCCAAGGUGGAGAUUUCACUAACCAUAAUGGCACUGGAGGAAAAUCCAUCUAUGGAAACAAGUUUGAAGAUGAGAACUUCACAUUGAAGCACACCGGUCCAGGUAUCCUGUCUAUGGCCAAUGCUGGGGCCAAUACAAAUGGUAGUCAAUUUUUCAUUACCACUGUUAAGACAUCGUGGUUGGACACCAAACAUGUAGUUUUUGGUGCCAUCGUUGAUGGUAUGGAUGUUGUCAAGAAAAUCGAGUCCUAUGGUACUCAGAGUGGUAAAACUACCAAAAAGAUCACUGUCGCCAAUUGUGGACAAUUGAGUUAAUUUUUUUGUUUUACAUUUAAAUGUCAAACGUAUCAAUUGAAUAAUUUGGAACAAUAAUUAAUGUCAAAUAUGUGGUCUACUUAAAAAUGUUUAAUGCAUUUAUCUGUGUGGUAUUCUGGAUACACAAAUUGAUAAUACAUUCUAAAUAGUUAAUAUUA